AAUCAGGAAGCACGGUUUUGGCGGCGGAAGCCGGAAGCGGUGAAAGGGGGUCUGGCCUGGACCUAGGGUAGGCGGGCCGAGGGGCUUGGAGCUGCGGCCCGCAGCGAUCCCGGGCAGAAGAAAGUGGCGGUCGCUGCGGCGGCGGCGGCGACUACAGCGCAAAGACGGCGGGCAUGGUGGGCCGGGAGAAAGAGCUCUCUAUCCACUUUGUUCCCGGGGACUGCCGGUUGGUGGAGGAGGAAGUUAACAUCCCCAACAGGCGGGUUCUCAUUACUGGUGCCACUGGGCUUCUUGGCAGAGCUGUGUACAAAGAAUUUCAGCAGAAUAAUUGGCAUGCCGUUGGCUGUGGUUUUAGAAGAGCAAGACCGAAAUUUGAGCAGGUCAAUCUCUUGGAUUCUAAUGCAGUUCAUCACAUCAUUUAUGAUUUUCAGCCCCAUGUCAUCGUACAUUGUGCAGCAGAGAGAAGGCCAGAUGUUGUAGAAAAUCACCCAGAUGCUGCUUCUCAACUUAACGUGGAUGCUUCUGGGAAUUUAGCAAAGGAAGCAGCUGCAAUUGGAGCAUUUCUAAUCUAUAUUAGCUCUGAUUAUGUUUUUGAUGGAACAAACCCACCUUAUAGAGAGGAAGACAUACCAAAUCCCCUAAAUCUAUAUGGCAAAACAAAAUUAGAAGGAGAAAAGGCUGUCCUGGAGAACAAUUUAGGAGCUGCUGUUUUGAGAAUUCCUGUUCUGUAUGGAGAAGUUGAAAGGCUUGAGGAAAGUGCUGUGACUAUUAUGUUUGAUAAAGUGCAGUUCAGCAAUAAGUCCGCAAACAUGGACCACUGGCAGCAACGGUUCCCCACGCACGUCAAAGAUGUGGCCAGCGUGUGUCGUCAGUUAGCAGAGAAGAGGAUGCUGGAUCCAUCAAUUAAGGGAACCUUUCACUGGUCUGGCAACGAACAGAUGACUAAGUAUGAAAUGGCGUGUGCAAUUGCAGACGCCUUCAACCUCCCCAGCAGCCACUUAAGACCAAUAACUGACAGUCCUGUCGUAGGAGCACAACGUCCGAGAAAUGCUCAGCUUGAUUGCUCCAGAUUGGAGACCUUGGGCAUCGGCCAGCGAACACCAUUUCGAAUUGGAAUCAAGGAGUCACUCUGGCCUUUCCUCAUUGACAAGAGAUGGAGACAGACGGUCUUUCAUUAGCAUAUGUGUGGUGGUGGGGGUGGUGGUCGUGUUUUUUAAAACGAGAAGUCAAGAAGUCAUGGCACUUUUUAAAGAAAAAAGGAAAUAGUUUUGUAUGAGUGCUCUUCAAUUGUUGACUCAUGAUCUUUCAGGUAAAUGAUGCUCUUGCACUAGUGAAAUUGUCUAGGGAAACUUAAGGGCAAUAAUGCCUUGUUUGAAGUAAUGAUUUUCUCAUUUUGUUCUGCCUCAUUUGCUGUGUGAAUAUAGUAAAUUAUGAUUUUCAAGUAUUUGAGAGCCAGGAUGAAACACAUCUGCUGUAGACUUUGGAGGGGCGGGGGAGAAGAAAUGCAUUGUUCAUUCCUAUAAAUAUUCCUUCUACAUUUUCAGGACUUUUACAACUGUUGAUCCUUUUAUGUUUUAAAUUGUGUUAAAUAGCAUACAAAUCAUUGGUGUUCAUUGUUUGCUUUGCUUGAGUUCAGAUCAAAAUGUUUGAGAAAGAAACUUUAUUUUUGCAACCUAAGUACAGUUUUUAUGCUUGAGAUAUUUCAACAUGUUAUGUAUAUUGGAACUCCUGCAGCUUGAUACCUCCUGCUUUUGUAGCAGUGAAAGGUGAAUGUUUGAGAGAGAGAGAAUGUGUGUAUGUGUAUCUAUUUUUUAAAUAUAUAUGAAACUGUCCUUUCCACUCCAUGUCACUAAGUGAUAUUUCAUAUGUGCAGUUAUACUAAUAGUAAUGGGCCUUGUAAGUCUUUUGACCAUUCAUGAAUAAUAAUAAAAUACAUAUUGCUGGCAUGGUAAUGCUUAGUUUUCUUGCAUUUACUUCUCUUUUUUGAAAUGUAAAGACCAGAUAUCUAAACUGUUUUGUUGCUAUAAUUUUUAAAAUUUCCUUCUUAUCAUGUAAAAUUACCUUCUUAUCUGAUGCAGAAUAUAGUUAAUGUACAUUAAAAUACAAAGCACAGUAAUAAAAUGAGCCCUGGUGAAUCUACCACGUGAAAUCUAGACUGUUACAGACACUGUAUUUACUUGUACCCACUGAUUUUUCUUAAUGAAAAGUAAAUAACUAUACUCAUGAAAUAUAUUUACAAAGAAUGUUCCUUUUGAAGAAUGCAGAGUCUUUGAAUGUGUUCUCUGUACCAGGUAAUAGUCAGGUUACUUUGACCUCAACAGUAUUUUUGGUCCUUAAUAAGGAAGCAGAAAGAAAGAAUAACAAGUGAGACUUGGCUUCUAUUCAGAGUUCAGUACAAAUCCAGUUUUCAGAUUUUCUGAUUUCACUUGUGAAGUAUUCUUUCCCUAGAUUAUAAUCUUAUUUCGUUGGACAAAAACUAUUUCUAAUUUACAUAGAAUUUGGGGUUUAGAGGGGAUCAGGUCUGGGUGAUUUGGUUAAAGCCUCAGUUCCUAAACCAUGGUAUGUUUUAUUAGGAACUAGGGAAAUUUAACUGCUACGAGUGCUAUGCUGGACCCACUGAAAUAGUUUCUGAAACUGAUGACCUGCUGAUGUAGUUUUAAAUGUUCUUCAGGUCCUUCUGAAGUAACCAGCCUGGGACUUGUAUUUGGCAACCACUGAAGCAUUCUUGGUUUUUUUUUUUUUUCCUUAGUUAAACUUCGCUUCACAUAGUACUCAAUUCAGAUUUUCACAUUAAAAAAUUUUUUUCUUCUCUAGCUGGACCUGAUCCUCUUUAAACCCCAAAUUUUUCAUCAGUGGAAGAAAUAAAUGUAGUUCAAAUCUGGCAUGUUACUCUCUAUAUGUGUUCAUACUCUCAGCAUCCUUUUUUUAUUUAGAUAGCAAAAUACAUAUUUUACUACA